UCGACUGAAUGCAGCAGACCGCGAGAGGAUCUCCACCAAUGGUAUAUGCUGAGCAGCCAGUCAGACCAGAGGGAGUGUGUGCUUCAGGAAGAGAGACCACGCGCAUGAGGCUGUAAACGAGACAGAGCGGGAGAGAGAGAGCUGGCGGUCAGUUUGAUACAGACUUUCAGACCGGAGAGAUUCGUGGCCAAAUGAAACUGGACUACCCAAUCAACAAAAAAAAAACUCAACCAGAGGAGACAAGUUUGAGCCAUUGCUGAGUCCUCCAACCAUGACGUGUGUGCGUGUGUGUGUGUUGUUUCAACAUAAUUCCGUGGAAGUGUAAACAUGUCUGAAAACAUUCCUGUGGACGUGUGCAUGUUAAAGGUGAAGUAGUGUGAGUGUGAGUGGGGUGUGAUGGUGUUCACCAUGUCUGAGGAGGAUGUGAUCAACUGCACCAUCAGCCAUGAAAUCCACCAGUACCUCUUCUCCUGUGUUUAUAUCCUCGUGCUAUUGGUUGGCGUUCCCUCCAACCUGUACUCUUUGUACCACGCUGCUCUGCAGCUGAAGCAGAAGAAUGAGCUGGGAGUUUAUUUGAUGAACCUUACUGUGUCGGAUCUGUUAUACCUGGCAUCAUUGCCAAUGUGGCUACAGUAUUUCUUUCAGGAUGAUGACUGGAGUCAUAGAGAGUGGCUGUGUCAGCUGUGUGGCUUCCUGCUCUAUGAGAACAUCUACAUCAGCAUUGGUUUCCUGUGCUGUAUUAGCCUGGAUCGCUAUCUGGCUGUGGUCCACCCUUUACGGUUCACAUCCCUGCGCUCUAUGAGUGCAGCGUGGCUUGUUAGCGCCAUCAUCUGGCUGAAGGAGAUUGCUGUGGGCGUGGUUUUCUUCCGCCAUAAAGAAUUGAGCAGAGACCGCAAGAACCAGUCAGUGUGCUUCGAGCACUACCCUAUGCAGCCGUGGGAGUAUCCAAUCAACUAUUACCGCUUCACUAUUGGCUUUCUGUUCCCGCUGGCUAUUCUGUCGAUCAGCUACCUGUGUGUUCUUCGUGCCGUGGGUCGGAGCGCUGGGACGCAACCUGAUCAGAAGACAAGAAUUAGGCAGUUAGUCAGCAGUACCAUCCUCAUCUUCCUUGUCUGCUUCUCUCCCUACCAUGUGUUCCUGUUAGUACGCACUCUGCUGGAACGGGACUGUGACUUCAUCACAGGAAUAUUUAACUACUACCACCUGUCAUUGUUGCUGACCACCCUGAAUUGUGUAGCUGACCCUGCUCUCUACUGCUUUGUGAGCGAAAGUGCACGACGCGGCCUGUACAGAGCCUUGUUCCGGCCUCUUGGGAGGAUACUGUGUUGCUGCCUUCGUCGCGGCAACGCCAGCCCUUCCAACCCAGCUACCGAUUCCCAUGAGGUCGCCACAGACGAGAACAACGGCCAUCCCACUGUGAUGCUGCUCACGCACACCAGCACACUCAACUCAAAAACAGACACUUCCGGCAAAAACUCAGUAUUAAUCUCACAGACUAAUGAAAAAACUAUCACACCCUUAAUUGUACAAAAUAAUAGACACACUGAAAAAAGUGUGGACAGUGAUAUGAAGCUCAGCUGUGUGAUAGCCACGGAAGACCAGAGUCGAGAGACUGAGAAGAACACCAGCUGAAACGACAUGAGGAGCAAUCAGUAACCCUGCUGGUACAGGCCUCAGAGCGAAGGGAUCAACAGAACAAGACUGCCUGUAAAAAGGCUCUAUCUAAUGUCCUAAUGAGACCCUGCUGCCCACAUCCAGCUGUGUUUACAUCAUCAUCUGAUAGAAUUGGACUGAAAACAUAUUUUUCUCUCUUGCAAAUUAUUUCACUGAGCCCUGAUACAACUGCCACUAUGUGUGAGCUCAACAUGAAUAUGACCUCUACUUUGCCUCUGUGAAUGUUGUUUUUUUUUUAAUGUCUCUGGUUUGUAGCAACACAUUCUCAUCCCAAGUUGUGACAUAUUGCCACUUUGCAGGGACUACCGUCUACAUAUAACGCUGUAGGUAUCCUUCUGUGUGAGCUCUUUACGUUGCUGGAUGUCGCUACCGUGAUGUCAACAAAAACAUAUGGUGAGACACAGGGAUAUAUAUCGAUACAAAAUAUGUGAGAUUCAAAUUGGUGAAAUGAAAAAUGAACUGCAAUACACUUUUUGGCAGAGUGUAA